AUGGAGGGGUAUUGGGACGUUGUUGUGUCCUCGAUCCAGGACACCUGUAACUCGAACGAGAUCACGUCUCUGGACCCGUUGACGCUGGCGUCGGCAGACACUCCUGAGGCAAGACAGGCCAACAAGGACCUGGUUCUCAAACAUAAGGACAAUCUCGAAAAAACCAAACGUAUAAUGGAUACCGCAUUGAUCAAUGUCAACGGCCUCUUAUCUCAGUCACGUGCGUCUGGUGGAUACGCUGACGACGGAUCAGGAGCACGCACUAAACUAAAGAGCCAGAAAUACGGGAAAUCUUAUUAUCAAUCUACGUUCAAUCCAUCGGAGCCAGUGGUCGUUGGGUCGGAAGUAGCGUUCCGUCCCAAACAAAAAGGCGCCGAAUGGUUCCAGUGCGAGGUUACAAAGGUUCUUACCGAUACAAAGUUCGAGGUUAAAGAUCCGGAGCCAGACGAAGCCAACCCUAACGGUCAGGUGUUUAAGUGCACCUGGAAAGAAAUCAUACUUAUGCCUACGAAUGAAUCGCUCGCCACGCUGAAGAACUACCCUGUUGGGUUUAGGGUACUCGCACGAUAUCCCGAAACUACGACGUUUUAUCCAGCCGAGGUAAUUGGGUUCAAGAAGGACGGAACAUGCAGACUGAAGUUUGAAGGAGAGGAAGAAGUUGGUAAAGAAACAGAGGUGCACAGAAAACUGGUUCUACCCUUUCCAGGGUGA